AUGAAGAGCACUCAGAGUGUCUGCCACCUCUUUGGUUGGCUGAGGAUACUUCUGGUGCUUUUGAUUCACAUCAGGUGCUCCACUCAAACAACAUUGAAGCCUGGAUUGACAAUGAAAGGACAGAAUGUGUCGAACAUUCUCCGCUCCUUUUUCGAGUCCGGAAAGUAUGACAAGCGGGUGCGACCCAAUUAUGGUGGGAAGCCAGUCGACGUUGGGAUCACAAUGCAAAUAAUUAGUAUCAGUACAGUCUCUGAGGUACAGAUGGAUUUCACUUCGGAUUUCUACUUCCGCCAAACUUGGCGAGACGAACGAUUGUCGUUCACACGCACUAAAGAUCUGGACUCCAUGAUUGUCGGCGCAGAAGUCGCCGACAAGAUCUGGGUGCCGGAUACUUUCUUUGCAAACGAGAAGAGCGCGUAUUUUCACACGGCUACGACAGACAACACCUUUCUCCGCAUAAAGGCCGGAGGAGACAUAUUACGGUCGAUACGCCUUACAGUAACCGCCACCUGUCCCAUGGACUUGCGAUAUUUUCCCAUGGACAGGCAAAGCUGUGCCAUUGAAAUAGAAAGCUUCGGGUACACUACAACAGACAUCAGUUAUAAAUGGGCUGAUGGCGAAAAAUCGGUCCGAAUCUCACCAGACGUGGAGCUGCCGCAAUUCAAGGUCCUUGGCCAUCAGCAGAAAACUAUUGUGGUAACUCUUAGCACGGGAAAUUAUUCCCGGUUGGUGUGUGAAAUUCGGUUCGGUCGAGCCAUGGGCUACUAUCUGAUUCAGAUAUACAUUCCUGCUGGAUUGAUCGUUGUCAUUUCAUGGGUAUCCUUCUGGCUACAUCGUAACGCUACUCCGGCUCGCGUGGCGUUGGGAGUAACAACUGUGCUGACGAUGACCACGCUAAUGUCAAGCACCAAUUCCCAACUUCCAAAAAUUUCCUACGUUAAAUCAAUUGACGUUUAUCUCGGAACAUGUUUCGUUAUGGUUUUCGCCUCGCUUCUGGAGUACGCCACGGUAGGCUAUCUCGGAAAAAGAAUUGCUAUGCGGAAAUCAAGGGCUCAACAACAGGCCCAAGCAGCUGCGAAAGAGAAGGAAGGCAAAAAAGAAGAUGAGAUUAAAUCGAAUCAGAAUCAGGAUGAGUUGAAAAAACUAAAAAGCGCCGAAAGUACAAGUACACCAAACCAAGAACUUUGCUCAAGCCCAAGCCUGGAGAUGAAUCCAAUCAUCAAAUCCAUAGGCUCUUGCCAAGUCUGUCCGACGGUCACACAGUAUCGAGAUUAUUCCUUCGGGCAGGUGAGCGGCGGAGGUUUGCGGCGUCGAGGUGCAGGUUAUACAUGCUGUUCAAGUAUGGGACCCGGAGGAUGUGGCUGUCCUUCGGGUGGACCACCUCAACAGCCAGUUCCCAUGGUAGGUGUCGAGGUGCGGUUGAAAAUGCUCUCGGAAUCGAUGAGACAAGAUUCCAAAACCCCAACUCCAGCUACACCUGCAGGAGCGAAUGGUGCUCCUCUCUCGGGACCUCCGGCAGAUGCCACGCAACUGGAAGCAACUGCGUUCAUUAAGAAUCCCAACAAGCUCUUUGGGGUUUCACCUUCCGAUAUAGACAAAUACUCACGGGUCAUAUUCCCGGUGUGCUUCGUUUGUUUCCAGCUCAUGUACUGGAUCAUCUACACUCACAUAAGCGAUAUUUUACCUGAAGAAAUCGAAGGUUGA